UUUCGGUCUGAACACACACAAUUAUCAAGAUCACAAAGAAACGGAGCUUUGCAAAAAUUUCCAGCCCCAUGUACUCUGCUCUUAUAAUGUGGCUUCCAUAGUGGCCUCACAAGUGUCCCAAAACGACUUUCUAGUGGUAGUGGGAGCAGAUUUUCAAGGAGACCAACAAUGAAAGAACUGUCUCGUGCCUCUCUCUCUCCCACUCUCUCUCUCUCUCCUCUAUUUCAACCUUUUCAAACCCACUCCUCGUAAGUAGGCAACACCAACAACACCCUCUAAAGUGAACCCAACUGUCAUGUUGGUUGCUAGUUCUGCUGCCUGCUUGUUUCAGUCUUUCACCUUUAUCCUCUGUCUUUCAUCAACUCUCACAAACUAAAAAAGUCUCUCUUUCUCUCUGUUCCAUUGCUCAAGCUUUAGCUGCAAAUUAAGCUGGUGUUCCUCGUACCAUUCUCUUCUUUGUACCUUUGAAACGGAUAAAACAGAGACAACCCAACAUGUUCGACAUCUUGUUCGGGUGGCGAAAAGCUUCAAAAUGCAAGAAGCUGAUCAAACAGGUCCAGUGCCGGCUCAAGUUGCUGAAGAACAAGAGGCAGACAAUUGUGAGGCAAUUGCGCGAAGACGUGGCGGAGCUGAUCAAACAUGGCCACGAAGACAAAGCCUUCAACAGGGUUGGACAGAUAAUCAAAGAUGAAUGCAUAGUGGCAGUGUAUGAAUUGUUGGACAAUUUCUGUGAAUUCAUCCUCAUCCAUCUUCCUUACAUCCGCAGACACAAGGACUGUCCAAAUGACAUUAACGAAGCAGUUUCGAGUCUUAUAUAUGCUUCUGCAAGAUGUGGGGAUCUCCCUGAGCUUAGGGUGAUCAGGAAGCUCUUUGGUGAACGAUAUGGGCAGAAAUUUGCAGUAACUGCUCUUGAACUAUUCCCUGGGAAUCUUGUGAACCGUCAGUUGAUUGAGAAACUCUCCCCAAAGUCAGUGACAGAUGAUAUGAAGCAAAGAUUGGUCAAUGAAAUAGCCAGGAAUUACUGCAUCAAACCAGAGGUCUUAGCAAUUGAGUACUAUUCUGAAUGGCAACAAAAGGUGAAAGAAAUUGGCGGACUUAGAGUACUUGAUACAGAUGUUCAGACAUAUUAUGAAGGAACUGAAAGAUCUGAAUUGCAAAUUGUAAAUGUGGAGGAGAUAGAACGAGAAGUCGUAGAUGUUGAUUCUAAUGUAUCUAGUACUUCUGCUAGUUCUUCAUUAGCUAUGCAAGUUGGCCCAACUAUAUCGGAGUCUUUAAUGCAUGAUAAGCCACAGAUUGAAGAGAAUUGUGCUGAAGUUGAUUCUCCAAGUAUGUCUACUGUGGGCACUGAAGAAAGUCAGAGCAGUACUGUUGGCAGCACAACAAGAGAUGGAGAUAUAGUGAUUUACAUGGAUGACAUAGAAGAAGUUCAAUCAUUUACAGCAAGAAGAGAUGGAGACUCCCAGGACCAAAGAAUUUUCAAGUUCAAAGCUAUCGAACCCAAGAGGGAGAAUCUUGAAAGCAGUUGUGAUCUGAGUUAUGCGGAUUGUUAUGAAACAUGGAGUGAGAGUUCAGAGUCAAAAAGCUCCAGGAGACGUUGGAAAGGAAGUGGGAAAAGGCCGCGGAAGAGAUCAGUGUGUCAGGAAAACCAAUGCUUGAAGGAUAAUGAAUGUUUAAGUUACUAUGGCAGAAAGCAGCAGAAGAAAACUGUGGUGGGGGAAAUUGAAAGUUCAUAUUCUGCACAGAAGAGUCUGAAGCAACCUUGUCACAUGAAAAUGGGAGCUAGCAUUUUGUCAUGCCAGUGUGGAUGUGAUGGAAAGAGACUAGGCUGUGGCUGCAGCCUUGAACAUCCAUGUUACUUUUGCACUGGCAAUGGCAACAAUGUUGAUUGUCAUGUUCUGCCAUGGAAGCAAAAGAGAGGAAUUACAACUAGGGUGGGAGUUUCAACUCAUGGCCGUGAAGUACAAUUGAACAAGGGAAUGGAAUGGCCUGAUGUGCCCCAGGAACCAAUGAGGAGGAGGAGCUGUGGCAAUGAAGCUAUGGUGUACAAUGUUUUCACAUAUCCAGAUCACCACCAACCAACUAUGCAAAACAAAGUGCCCAGAGAAACCGUGGAGGAAUUGGAAUCAAGUAUUCAAUGCAGGCGUGCCUCGUGUAGUUCCACCUCUCCAAAUGUGGUUAGUUCUUGGAGCACAAGAAAAGAAAUGGUGCCCCCUUAUAUGAGAGCCGUGACUAUGCCACCGGAAAGAGCAAAGGACAAUCACAAAGAUGACUUCCAACGAUCCUUUUCAGAUGCCUUCCAAUAUCCCACUCAUGUUCACCCCAAAUUGCCCGACUAUGAUGAUAUAGCAGCUAAAUUCAUGGCACUCAAGAAAGAGAGACUGCAAAGUAAGCCUCAUUGCAGCAACCGGCAACUUUAG